AUGGCCAUGCCGAUGCCCAUGUCAUUUCAGCUUUCCACGCACACGAUUAUUUUGUUUAAAUUCUGGGAAACCAAAACGGAAACGUCCUACUACAUCUCCCUUGUCGUAUGCCUCCUUUUCGGCGUGCUCUCAGUCCUACUGAAGCUGCUCCGACUGCACGUCGAACAGGCCCUGCCGCAAACCAAAGACACAAGCGUAAUCACGAGUGGAAUUCUUUUUAAAAACAAUUUAGCGAGAUCUGUGCUGUCAUUUAUCAUUUAUUCAUGGGACUACUUAUUAAUGCUAAUCGUUAUGACUUUCAAUGUGGGCUUAUUUGUCGCCGUUGUGCUGGGCCUAUCGAUUGGUUUCUUUUUAUUUGGACAUAAGUUUGUCACGUGUGGGAAAAGUUCCACCGAUGGGUUGGACGUCCACAAGGAAUUUCAUGGAGACCCCGCCUGUUGCGGGUGUUGA